CCUCGCCUCACACUUCCAGGGUCAAACCGUCAAACCGUCAAACUCCCAUCUCCCACAGCAAAAUCUUAAUAAUGGUCGCCCUGGAAAAAAUUCGAUCUUCCAAUUCCAAGAUCGCGACGGCUCUCCCGCCCGGUCUGGUCGCCGUUUUCGCCGGUGCAACAAGCGGUGUUGGCGAAACGUCGUUGAAGCAGUUCGCCAAAUAUACUGUCCGGCCCCGGAUAUACUUUAUCGGGCGAUCCAAGGAGUCCGGCCGUCGAAUCACUGCAGAGCUGCAAAAGCUGAAUCCCGAAGGAGAGUACAUCUUCAAGAGCGUUGAUGUUAGUCUGCUCCGCUCCGUGGACAAUGCUUGCCGCGAGAUCAAGGACAAGGAAGCCGCAAUCAACCUAUUGUUUCUGAGUACGGGGACAAUGCUCUCUGGGAAAGAUACCGAAGAAGGUCUCAACUAUCCUAUCGCGGUAGCACAGUACGCCCGUCUUCGCUUCAUUGUCGACCUUUUGCCUCUGCUGCAGAACGCCUCCGAUUUACGUCGUGUGGUGACUGUCCUUGCAGGCACUAAGGAAAGCGCAAUUCGCACGAAUGACCUUUCGGGCCGCAGUGGCUCCAUGCUUGCCCUACGGGGACAUUUCGCCUCCAUGAUGACAUUCGCGCUCGAAGCCAUUGCGAAAAAGGCCCCAGACGUGACUUUUAUUCAGACAUUUCCCGGUUUCGUCAAGACCAACUACGGAAACGAUGUGAAGGGGCCAAUGUUCACCGUCUUGAGGGCGGUUUUCAACGCCGUCUACCCGCUUGUCGGGCCCCUUUUCGCUACCCCAAUUGACGAAGCUGGAGAACGGCAUGUGUUUUUGGCGACGAGCGCUAGGUUUCCGGCAGGAGGCAAGAGUGCCGCUGCUGGUGUUCCGGCGCCGAGUGGUAUCAUGGUUGCGCGAGGGACGAACGGCGAGAGCGGCAGCGGCGUGUACUCUGUUACCAACGAUGGGGAGACUGCUCCGCUCAAGGUAGAGCAGCUUCUGGGAAGGAUGAGAAAGGACGGCACGGCACAGAAGGCGUGGUCGCACGUUGAGGAUGAAUUCAUUCGAAUUACUGGGGCUGUGUCUGUGUAGACUGCCACACCUACUGAAUUCUGCGGAGAGUUUCAUUUUAUUCUGUUGUCCAGAUAUACUGCAAUCAGCCAUCAUAAACAAAGUGCCUUUUAACCAUAGCUCAGUGGUUCUUUAGCCUAGAAAUACGGU